AUGAAAAGACUUGUUGAAAAGAAAAAACUCCUAUUUUCACUAUUUAUUUGCUUACCAAGAGCUAGCGCCCUUAUAUUUAAAGCAGUCACCGGUGGUAACCCAACAGAAUCUAUUGGAACCAUCGACUUGAUGGAGCUCAAUGGAAUAAACGGCAGCGUAACUGGACUGCCCCCUGGCCCUCAUGGCUUUCAUGUCCAUGAAUUCGGUAGUCUCGGCAAUGGUUGCUUAGCAGCAGGUGUCCACUUCAAUCCCUUCAGAUCAGACCACGGCGGACCGAACGAUCCACCUUCCAGGCGCCACGUUGGGGAUCUUGGAAACCUGAUGACACCCGCAAGCGGCCAAACACCAAUCGAUAUCCGGGAUUCUCUUCUCACUUUCAGUGGUAAUCGAGGUGUUAUUGGACGGUCUUUCGUGAUCCAUGCGAGAGAAGACGAUCUGGGAAGAGGCGGCGAUGUAGGCAGUCGCACAGUUGGCAACUCUGGUGCUCGUCUUGCCUGUGGAAUCAUUGGUAUUGUUAUGCCAGAAAAUGUAUGA